CACAGAGAGGGAGAGAGAGGGAGACUCAGGAAUCUCUCCCUCUCUCUCUCUUCUCUCUCUCUCUCCUCCGUCCUCUGUCUCCUCAGCGGACUGAAGCGGCUGCAGAGACGUGAACGAGGCACAGCCAUGUUGGGUGUCCUCCUCAUUCUGUCCCUCUCCUCCCUGGUGGCCCCGCUGCCUCCCCCAAAUGAUCCUCCCGCUGUCUGCAAGCACUGCUGUGAUCACCUGGAGCCAGCAGAGGGCAGCGGAGCUCCGCCACCCACAGGAGGAUUCAGCCAUGUGCCAGAGGUCCGCACCUACAUCAACAUGACCAUCCUGAAAGGUGAUAAAGGAGAACGUGGAGACAGAGGGACACCAGGCAAAGCUGGACAAGAAGGCCCUCCAGGCUCAAGGGGGCCCAUGGGCUCAAAAGGUGCUAAGGGCCAGGCAGGUCCUCCAGGUGACCCCUGCAAAAUCCAGUACUCCGCCUUCUCUGUCGGCCGUCGUAAAUCCCUCCACAGCCUGGAGUCCUACCAGGCUCUAGUGUUCGACACAGUCUUCGUCAACCUUGACGGCCACUUUGACAUGUUCAGUGGGAAGUUCCUCUGCCACAUCCCGGGCAUCUACUUCUUUAACGUCAACAUUCACACAUGGAACUUCAAGGAGACAUACCUACACAUCAUGCAAAAUGACAUAGGGAAGGCCAUUGUGUAUGCCCAGCCCAGCGACCGCUCCAUCAUGCAGAGUCAGAGCCUGAUGCUGGAGCUGGAGCUGAAAGAUGAGGUAUGGGUGCGACUGUACAAGAGGGAGAGGGAGAAUGCAAUUUACAGUGAUGAUGUAGAUGUCUAUAUUACUUUCAAUGGAUACCUCAUCAAAGCUAGUUCGGAGGAAAAAUAAAUAAGAGAGGACAAGCUGCGGAUUUGACUGUUGAGCUCAGUAAUAGGGAAAACAGUUAAUAGUUAAGUUAUUCUCUUCCUCCUUAAAGUUUUAGGUAAAUCCAGCAUGCUCCACUGUGGUGUCAGAAUCCUACCUGUUGCAAGAGAAACACUGAUACUGUUCUCUUGCAACAGUGAUACUAAAAACCGAAUACACUCAUUACCCCAAUAGAAAAGUGUCAGAAAUGUGAAAAUACAUACAGAGGAUCCAUUCUCUCUAUAUCUCUGGUUAGAUGUCAUGACAACAUCUUGUGUUAAAGGAAUAAUUCAAUAUUUUGGAAAGCAAGCUCUUUUGCCUGUCUUUAGAAUUAGAUGAGAGGACUGUUAUCACUCACACAUCUGUACAGUGAAUAAGAAGCUAACCCCAGCAGCUAGUUAGCUUAGCUUGAAAUCCAUCUACACGCACCUCUAAAGCUCAGUAAUUAACAUGUUAUAUUAUGUGUGUUUAAUUAAUACAAAACCCAAACGUAAAAGCAGUAAUUCAUUGUCUUACAGGGUGGUUAUGUGCCGGAGUAUUUUGAUCAGGAGCAGUGAUUUCUGGGAGUUUCCAAAUGUAUGCCCCAUGUAUACUGUUGUUGUUUUUACACUUUUGGUUGUGUCCAAAUUAAACAGAACAGCUGUAAACAUUAUGUCAAUUAGUGAGGUUUUGGAGAUGCUGAUUAGAUUUUGUAACCUCCGGAUAGCUGUUCCCCCUGUUUCCAAUCUUUAUUCCAAGCUAAGAUAACCAGCUGCUAGCUGCUAGCUGUUACUUCAUAUUAAGCAUACAGACACAAGGAUGGUAUCAGUUUUUACACAACGGUGAACAACGGUUAACAAAAUGCCAAACAAGAACUGCUUAUGUUCCUCAUGUCAACCUAGAGUAAAACUGGAUGCAUUAAAAAAUAAUAGUGUUUUAGAGAUUUUCAGUCCCACAUAUUAAUACGAUUAUUGAUUUAAAAAAGAAAAAAAAAGACUAUAAAGAAUAUGCCGUGCAUAAUUUGUAACAGAAAAUGAAAACUGAAAGAUGCCUGAUAUUUGCUACUGUCACUCUGACAAAGAGACAAAGCAAUGGUUUUAUAUGUGGUGCUAAAACAUGGUGCUAACUGAAUUUUUGUAGUGUAUGGACUGAAAUUUGAGCCUAUUUGAGUCUGUGAAACUGUGAAACUGCAGUUUAACAGGAAACAUAAAGUUCUCUGCCAGUGAGAUUUAAUGUUUUGGACUGACUUUACUAUUUGUACUUGAAUGGUUUGUGCCAAAAAAAAAAAAAAAAAUUGCUGUGUUAUCUUUAUCUGUUCUCACUGAAAUGAAAAGUGAAAGUGAUGUUAACUGUCACUGCCAGUUACAAACAUUAUUAGCACUAGUACUAACAUGACUUUAAAUGUCAUUAUUAAUACAUCAGAUUAAUCAUUAAUAUCUGCAUAAAAAAAAAAAAAAAAAAAAAAAAAAAAAACACAACAAUAUAUCUACCUUGACGUGCCUUGCCUUGGUGUAGCUCCUCAUUGUGACCACUGGAGGGCAAUAAACAUUUGUGAUUAAGCUCCAGCAUAGCAAAGGCAGAAAAUUUUUACCAGAAAUUCUUCUUAUUAUUGCAAUCAUUAAAAUAUAUAACAGUAUUUUUUAAUUGUAUUAGGCACAAUAAUAAUUAUACUGGCACUAAAAUUGUGUAUUAGCCAUGAAUUGAAUAUAGUUCCUUGUUGUUACCUCUGGGGGGCGGUGAACACUCACUAAUACUCUCAUGUCAACCUUAACAAAGACACACACCUCUGAAGUUCAAAAUAAAACAAGAAUAACAGAAA